UCGGCUAUUCCGUUGUCUGAGAAUCAGACUCAUUCUAAUCGACUCGUCCGACAAUUUAAAGGACCCGACAUUCGCUAGUUGCUUGUCUAACUUCUUUCAACCCAGGUUCGAGUUAGGACGAUUGUUCGUCAAGACUCAACUCUCAAGAGCUCAAAUACCUCAUUCAUGCUCCCAAUGUCUGGUUACAUUUCAUUCCAUUUGUGACUGCAUCUGUAAUUGCGGCCCAUACUCUAACAAUACAUCAAUAUCCAGAAGAAACUUUCAUUCACCUAAAUUGUUGCCAGAGACUAAAGAACCCAACAUAAGCAUUCCAUAGUGCCGGCAACAACAAGAUUGUUGUCAAUGCUCAAUGGCAUCUGUUGCGAUAAGGUAUUUAAGAAGAUUGUUAAACAACUACGACAUGCGGGGCAAUUCAGAUUCAUCAGAAGACAUGAACGUCUCCUUGGAUGGAGCUCAAGCUGCUGACAUCAAACAAUGGACGGAAGAGAAUAGUCAGACCACACUUCAAAGAACAUACAUGAAUAAUUUGGUCAUGAACUAUCUAGUAACAGAGGGAUUCAAAGAAGCGGCAGAGAAAUUUGCAGUGGAAGCAGGAGUCACUGCGCCUAUGGACCUCAGUCUCAUGGAUGAGCGUAUCCGCAUCCGCUCUGCCAUCCAAGCUGGCAGCAUACAAGAGGCCAUGAGGAUGGUCACUACCUUGCAUCCAGAAAUUCUGGACGAUAAUUCUGAGCUUUAUUUCCAUCUGCAGCAACUGGUGCUGCUGGAGCUGAUCCGUGAAGGGCGUGUGGAGGAAGCCGUUAUAUACGCGCAGGAGCACCUGGCUGAGAGAGGAGCGUCUGACCCCAACGUGCGGCAGCAGCUCGAGCGAACUCUUGCCUUGCUGGCCUUCCCGCAGCCUCUGUCUUCCCCUUUUGCUGACCUCCUUCAUCCGUCGCACAGACAAAAAGUCGCGUCUGAACUUAACGCCGCUAUCCUAAAAGCUGAGAACUUCGAGGAGACGUCGCCGCUGCUGAGCGAGCUGCUGAAGCUGCUGCUGUGGGCGCAGCAGAAGCUCCUGGACGUCGACGUGACGUUCCCUGUCAUGACGGACCUCGUCUCCGCGACGCUGGCCUUGCCUGCUCUGCCCUCGGCUAAUAAUAAAUAAAUCUCUCUUUGUCGCUUCUAAAAUGUUAAGAGUUAGGGUACUUUGUAUUGAGCGAUUCUUAAAUAAAUUUGUCUUUGUCGCUUUUAAAAUGUCAGGAGUUAAGUCCUUUGUAUUGAGCGAUUCCUAAAUAAAUCUGUCUUUUUCGCUUCUAAAAUGUCAAGAAUUAGGUACUUAGUUUAGGGUAUUGAGCGAUUCCUAAAUAAAUUUGUCUUUGUCCCAUUUGAAAUGUCAACAGUUAGGCCCUACAUUUCAGGUACCUAUUGAGCGAUUUAUUUGUAUGAGAUGUAAAGCAAUUUCUAAAGCUCUAUUUAUUUAAUGUGCAAAAUUACUUUCAAUGCUGAAAGGAAAAUGCUCUGCCCUCUGCUAAUCCUUAAUAAAUCUGUCUUUUUUUCUUUUUUGAAUUGUCAAGCGUUAGGUAUUUUGUCUAGGGUAUUGAGCGAUCCCUAAAUAAAUCUGUCUUUGUUGCAUUUAAAAUGUCGAGAGUUAGAUACUUUGUUUAGGGUAUUGAGCGAUUCCUAAAUAAAUUUGCCUUUGCUCCAUUUGAAUUGUCAAGAGUUAAGUCCUUUGUAUUGAGCGAUUUUUUAUGAGGUGCAAAGCAAUUACCAAAGCUCUACCUACUGAAGCUCUACCGUAUUUAUUUUAUGUGCAAAAUUACUUUCAAUGCUGAAAGGAAAUAUAACUUGCGAAAAUAUUUGUCGAAGAUGGUGUUGCAUGUUAUUGACAGCCCUCAACAUCGUACGUAAGAUGUACGUCAUUUUGAUGGUCCCAAUCUUCCUCCUAUCAGUAUAUUUUCUACCAUCAUUUUGUAUUUUUAUCGAUCAACCAGCAAAUAAUUGUGAUAUAUUAUUUCAUUUCAUAUUAUUUAGAUAGAAUUCGUUAUUUAACGUAUUUUAAUAAUAAUCUCACAGGGAUAUUGUGCUCUUUUGAAUGACCUCGAACUUCGUUUCUCUGCCGAGGUUUCAGGAUUCUAUUACAGCAACAUUAAAGUUCCGAGAUUUAAAUCUUACUUCCAGAGGGAAAUGUAAUCGGGAGCUUUGAAGAAAGAUUUAAAUUAGAUUUCGUCGCACCAACUUACAUGCAUUGAUGCAAGAAGCCAGAGUAGAGCGUUGUUUCCAUUGAUGGAUUAAAGUUUUCAUUUGAGGCUAUCGCGUUUAAUAUUCGUGUAAUAUUUGUAGCUAUGAUUACUUGUACGGUAUUUAUAAUGCACUUUUGAUAUAUAGCUCGUUAUUCUCCAUCAGUUAUCUUUGUAUCCGGCGUCGAGUGAAGGCGCUUUUAAGCGAUAAACAAUUAUUUUUGAGUUGAAAUGAAAGAAAAACAAAGAAAACACAAGUUAAUGCACCAUAUCUUUAUAUUGAUAUACUGAACAACUUCGAGCGGAUAGGAACUGUGAGCAUUAUUGAGAAAAGUUUUGAAAUAAUUUAGUAGGUUUUUACAUCAAUGCGCGCGUCUUUAUGCUUUUUAGGUUUUUGCAAUCUCUUGUCUGUAAAAUUGAUCAUACAAAUGAUUAGACUUAAAUUCGUAAAUUUUUAGUUUGUAACUCAUAUUCGUACUAAUUUUCGGGAAAAAAAAUCAACGAAGAUAUGGGUAGUUACUUGGGGUUUUCUUUGCUUUUAAAUUAUGGUAAAUCUGAAAUUUGUCAACUAACGGUACAAAUAUUAUUAAGGCGUUAAACGUGAGUAAUCAUCGUAAUC